UGAAGAUUAAACUCUGUUCUCUCUCUCUCACUCUCUUCUUUUCUCACUGGCUGGGCUCUCUGCCCCAAGUCACCACCCUUUCUCUGCAAAAACGUCUGCUUCUUACCCUAACAUAUGUCUCCCUUCUCUCUUUCUCUCUCCACACAACGAUCCAUUUUCUAUUAUUAUCACCUCUCAUCCAUCACACUCUUAUUUACCACUCUUGCCACACACAACCAUCUUCUUCUUCCUCAUCUUUCAGGGGCUUUAGGGUUUUGGAUACUCCACAUUGUACACCACUCCGUUCAAUACUCCUUGGCAAGAGAUGAUGGUUGUGGAACCUUAAAGUUUGAGAAGAGUGAGCUUGAGUUUUUUAACUUUUGUUUGAAAAAUGGGGGAGACUAGGAGGCAUUCUGUAGAUGUUCCCAUCACAAGAACCCUUGUGGCUCUUAGAAGGGUUCGGUCACUUAGAGAUCCUUGCACCAACUCAAUGAGCAAGUUUGCUUCUUUGCUCGAAAACGUUAAAUGGGAAACUGGUUCCAACAAUGUGGGUCUGAUUCCUUUUGAAUCAUACUCAUUAAUGGAGGAGCUACAGAAUGGCUGUGACCUUCACAAGCUGAGCAAAAGGGUGAUCGAUACUGAAGGAGACGCUUGCUCCACAAAGUUAGCUAGCUCGCUUGGUGAUUACAGUAGCCAUGUAGGUAGUCCAAUGACCUCAACAAAUCACAGUUAUAACGAUGAAGAUGUUGAUUAUGCGAAUGAAUGCAACCGCGGCUGCGGAAUAUCCUCUUGCUGGUCAAGAACACCUAGGUACAGAGGAUCAUCAAACCAGUCCUCAGACGUAGAAGACCAUCAUCCUCUACUCUCUAGUAACAACGAGAGCAAUGCUGUGACACCGAGGAGUCACGAAACUGUUACGUCAAGAAGUCUAACUCAGAAAUUCAAACCAAAGUCUUUCGACGAGUUAGUCGGACAAGAAGUUGUAGCCAAACGUCUCUUGACCACCGUUCUGAGAGGAAGAAUCACUUCUCUUAACCUCUUCCACGGUCCUCGAGGCACGGGUAAAACAUCAACCUCUAAGAUAUUCGCUGCAGCUUUAAACUGUCUCUCACAGGCACCACAUAGUACUAGAAGACCGUGCGGCUUGUGUAGCGAAUGCACUUCUUACUCGGAGAUAGACUCGGUUAAACUAAACCGGCCUAGCUACCUCAGAUCUCUAAUCAAAACCGCGUCUCUUCCUCCCGUUUUGUCUAGAUUUAAAGUUUUUAUAAUCGAUGAGUGUCAGUUACUAUGCCAAGAGACUUGGGGAACUCUCUUGAAUGGUUUGGAGAAUGUCUCUCAGCGCUCGAUUUUUAUUCUGGUCACAUCAGAGUUAGAGAAGCUGCCGCGUAACGCCCUCUCGCGGUCUCAGAAGUAUCAUUUCUCUAAAGUGUGCGACGUGGAGAUAUCGAGAAAGCUGGUAAGGAUUUGUGAGGAAGAAGGUAUUGAGUUUGAUCAAGAAGCUGUUGAUUUCAUCGCUUCUAGAUCUGAUGGUUCGCUUCGUGAUGCUGAGAUAAUGCUUGAUCAGUUGAGUUUGAUUGGUAAAAGAAUAACUACGUCUUUGGCCUACAAGCUUAUUGGGGUUGUUUCUGAUGAUGAGCUGCUUGAUUUGCUUGAUCUUGCAUUGUCUUCUGAUACCUCGAACACGGUUAUAAGGGCGAGGGAGCUUAUGAGGUCUAAGAUAGAUCCAAUGCAGCUUAUUUCGCAGCUAGCUAAUGUCAUUAUGGACAUUAUUGCUGGAAAAUGUCAAGAAAGUAGUUCAGCAACCAGACUUGGGUUUAUUACAAAGCAUACAUCUGAAGAGGAAAUACAGAAACUGAAUAACGCGUUGAAGAUACUGUCUGAUGCUGAGAAACACUUGAGAGCAUCUAAAAACCAGACAACCUGGCUCACUGUUGCUCUUCUUCAACUUAGCAACACUGAGACUUCUUCUUUUGCUACUAAUGAAAAUGAAUUGUGUUUAAAAAGCCAAAGAAACAAUGAUGUAGACCUCUCUAGCACAUCAUCGGAUUGUCCUGGUGAUGUCGUCAAAUCAGAAACCGAAGAGUGUCAAGAGAAAAACGGUAUAGAAACAGUUGAAACUGUGUGGAAAACAGUCAUAGAGUUGUGUUGUUCAGAUUCACUAAAGAGGUUUUUGUUGAAACGAGGGAGGUUAACUUCUCUUAUUAUUAACAAAGAUUCAGGUGUGGCAAUAGCUGAACUUGAGUUCUACACACCUAAACAUGUAACAAGAGCCGAGAAAUCAUGGAAAAUGAUUGCAGACUCGUUCCAAUCCGUGUUAGGAUGCAAUGUUGAGAUCCGAAUGAAUCUUGUUAUCUCUGCGUGUUCACCACCAAAGAGUGCUAAAGCAGCAGCAGCUAGUCUUUUCUUUGGACUUUUCAGUUGUUCUCGUAGAAUAUUGCUACACACGUCUUAUCUGACUACUACUAGAACAGACUAUGAUUACGCAACUAAGGAGCAAGUAGUUACAAAUUCUCUGAGAAGUUGCCAGGGAAAUCUCUUGAGGGCUAGAAGUGUACGUUCUUCAGCCAAUGCAUCGUCUAGAAUGAGCAGUGCGAGUGAUCAAGGCGAUGCAAAUUCUGCUCUAGGUGACAAAAUAUCAGAAGAUGACGCUGAUGUGUUGUGUUGGAGGAGGACUCCCCUAGGCAAGGGUCAGGGAGAGACGCAGAACAACAAGAGCUCAAGGCUAAUGGGCCGUGUCCUUCCCUGCACUGAAGCUGGUUAAGUGAGCUUGAUGACAUUCCCAUUUUGUGGAACCUUUAGCGAAUCAAUUGAGACAUGUUAUGGGACAAGUUGUCGUAAAUAGUUGCAUAAGGGAGAAGAAACAGUAGUAUAGCGCUUUCCUUAUGGUAGCAAGGUAGCAAGGCAGCAAGUGCUAGAACCUUUAAUCAUCAUCCUCCUCCACCUAUUAUAUCAUCAGUUACAUGAUUACAUCUAUGCUUAAUCUGAUUAAAUAUAUUUUGAUAUUUUCUAUGAAAAUUGAACAAGAAGAAAAUUAUGAUUUUUAAGUGAAUAAAUUCGAGAAAAUGUACUUGU